CCUAAAUCCUAGGGCUUGGUUCUGGCCCUUGUAUUUCUCCAGAGCAGCUCCCUCCCUCUCAAGUGAUUAACGCCAACCAAUCGAAAUGGGAGUAUUUACGUUUGUGUGUAGAGGAUCCGGCGACGACUGGUCAGCCAAGCAGCUAAACGGAGAUCUAGAGGCUUCAGCCGACUCCACUUUCGAACUCCAGCGCAAGCUCGUUCAAGCUGCUCUCUCAGCCGACUCCUCUGGCGCCGUUCAGUCUUCCUUCGCCUAUGUCACUCCUUCAUCUGCGGUUUUUCAGGUGAUUAUUGGUGGUGGUGGCGGUGGUGGUGCUGGUGUUGGAGGUGGAGCCGCUGCACCUGCGGCUUCUGGUGGUGGUGCAGCUGCGGAAGCACCUCCAGCUGAGGAGAAGAAGGAAGAGAAGGAGGAGAGUGAUGAUGACAUGGGAUUCUCACUCUUUGAUUAGGUUCAUCAUUUACGAGUUAUAUACUAUUAUUGUUGUUCGGCUCCCAAUGUUGAUACGUUGGUAAAACUAAAGUUUUGAUAUUAUUGAAGUUCGGGUUUUGAGUUUACAGUUCCCAUGAAUUGCCUCCGAGUGUGCUGCAUAAUGACUGCAAUAUUGAUGUUCAAAAUUCA